GUAAUAUUGAGAUACAAUAUUCUCCCCGCAACACUGUGUAAUGGUGAUCAUGCUACCCAUACCCAUAGGGAGGACCGCCGGCAUCCUUUUUGCCUUUGCCCUCUUGGCUCGUGGUCUGCGCGAGAACGAGCCGCGCAACACGUCGCGUGCGGCUUCCGCCAUCGCGCAUCCGCCCAAGCGAAGGAGCCCCAUGAUGAUGAUGCGCGACACGCGCGCGUACGGAGGCAGACGAGAUAGGCUCAUAGCUCCCGAAGCGGGCAUUAUGUUCUCGCACCACAAAUCGGGCCAUAUCCUGUCGCACAAGAUCGUCGCGCGCGCGCGCCGGCUCGGUGGCGACGUGCGCCACGGAGGUCACUGGUUCGGCCAGGGCCUCGACGAGGGAGCAAUUGCGUCGUUCGCCCGGCGAGAUCGAUACUUCAAAUAUCGCUGCCAUAGUUGCUUCCAGGGGGCGCUCGUGCCGACGGCGCGCGUCGUGAAUAUAGUCCGGGACCCCUUCAGCGUGGUCGCAUCAGGGUACGCGUACCGAACCAGAGCGGAAUGUGAAAUGGGGAAAGUUGAUGAACUGUUGCGUUCGUAGUUGAGAUCACUCCGCUUUCCAUCAUUCCAAAAGAUGGCCGGAGGGACCUUGCCGAGCUAGGGUGCUUUAGACAACCACUCGAACGCAGGUAUCACGUUCGCGGCAGCGAGCGGAUGGCGCUGCUAUUUCGCGACAGUGGCGAGCGUGGAGGCGAUCUCGUGUCGUUUUUUGAUGGCUCCGCAGUAAAAUACGGGCUGCCUCUCCCACGGUCGCGCGACGAGAGCUACGUUGACUACCUUGCGCGCCUCCCCGUCGACCGCGGCGUUCUCGCGGAGAUGGUCCGCGUCGACGGGUGGGAUGGGCCAGAGAUGGUCGCAUCCGUCCGUGCGACGCGACACCUAAAAAACGGACAGAAUUACUGCAUCGAGCGCUUCGCUGGGCCCCUCGACACCUUCCGCAGCGCCGUCGCAGAAGUCCUCGUGGGCCUCGGUGUCGCAUCUCUCGCAGUGGAAGCCUUUGACGAAUUUCACGAGCCCGGUGAGCACGCAACGCGGCGAAACGACGUCGAAGCGCUCGUCGAGGCCGCGAGGAAACACGACGCGCGCUUCUUCGGCGCGUCUUUUGCCAACGCGAGCCACGAGCUCGGAUGCGCGUGAUAUUGUGCUUUGGCCUUCGACUGAAGUGAACUUACUUUAGGUUCACCCCGGCGUUUUUACGGCGCCUACUUAGCGCCGGGCUUGAUCCACUUGGAUAAGUAAGAAGAUACGGGA